AUCGUUCUGUCUUUCUCAUCUAUCGCAUCUUACCCGCUCCAUCAAGAUGUCCACCUCCGGCCCCAUCACCGAGUUCCCCGCCCCCGGUCUCCGGGAUCCCUUCCGUUACAUCACCGGCCACGACGCCGAAGGCAAUGCUGUCUUCGUCCAGACCGACAACGGCGACCACCGGGCCGUAAUGCUCGGCGGUGCUGCCGCGCAAAACAUCAUCUACAGCGCUGGCUCCAACCCCAUCGAGCUCACCGGCAACGUCGAUCUCGAGUUCGCCAAGAACAGGCCCUCCCUCCACAUCCCCAAUGGCGUCUGCGUCCGUAUGAUUGACUUCGCACCUGGCUGUAAAUCCAACAUGCACCGCGCCCUCUGCAUGGGCAUCGGCACCGUGUGUGAAGGCGAGGUCGAGCUCACGCUCGGCAGCGGCGAGAAGCGGAUCCUGAGGCCUGGUGAUGUCUCGAUCAACCGCGGCGCGAUGCACCAGUGGCGCAACACGUCGGACGAGAAGCCGGCGAGGAUGUUGUACACGCUGCUGGACAUCAAGCCGCUGAUUGUCAAUGGCAAGCAGCUGGACUUCGAUAUGGGGUACUUGAUGAAGGAGUACGCGGAGUAUGAUGAGGGGGAGGGAGAUAAGAAGGCUGAAUAAAGGAGAUUAUGGUGAUCGGAUAGGGGUAGUGUUUGAGUUGGGAGUUGGUGGAGUAGUUACGCUAGAUGCAUCAUAACCAAUAUUGCGAA